AUGGGUAGGGUAUGUGCACUCCUACCUUCAACUAAUGAUUACAAGGUUGUUUCAAUUCUAUAUCCUAAAGAGGAAGAGGAAGAGGAAGAGGAGAGAGGACAUGUUCAUGUAUAUAUUCUUGGCACCGGGAAGUGGAGAUACAUCGGACUUACUGGUCACCGUCGCGUUUUCAAUUAUUCAUCAGGUAUCUAUGCAAAUGGAGCACUUUUCUGGUUGCAUGAAGGUAAUAAUAAUAUAGUACAAGAAAGUGAGAUUGUGGCCUUUGAUUUGAAAGGUGAUAAGUUUCAUUACAUCGCAUUGCCACGUUCUGAAGAUUUUGAGUACAUGGCUAAUUACAGUUCUCCACUCAAGUUGCUUGGAGGGAAUUAUAAUUUGUAUUUGGUUCAUUCAAUCACCGGAGGUUGUCGCACUGACACAUGGAUAUACAAGAAAGAUAAUAGGAACAACAUUCUGUCACAUUGGCGUAAAGAGUUUAGCAUAGAGCUGGGUUCUCCAUUUUGUGCUAAACCAUCCGCAAUCAAGAGGAGCAACGCAGUUUUAUGGGAUUUUCCAUUGGCAUUUGCAGAAGAUGAUUCGGCAAUGAACAACACCAUUACUAGGUCCUGUCCAGCAAUUGUUCGACAGAAGUCCCCAUCCAGUCUGCAUUAG